UCUCAGCGUACGGCGCUUGUGUCUAUAUUGUUGCCCGCCUACAGAGAAACGUUCGCACUACAUUACUCUGCUCAAAGUCCAGGGUUGCACCACUGAAAUCAAUUACAGUUCCCAAGCUGGAGUUAUGUGCAGCUACGCUUUUGGCGCAAGUAGUCCAUGCCAUUGACAAGUUACGCGUUUUCAAUUGUUCGUUUUUCUGUUGGUCGGACUCCACAACGGUUUUAUCAUGGCUAAAGGAGGAACCGUCUAGUUUUAAUGUUUUUGUCGCCAAUCGCAUUACAACCAUACAACAGUCCACAAAAGAUAUGGAAUGGCGCUAUGUGCCAACGAGUCUCAACCCGGCAGACAUUUUAUCAAGAGGUGCUUCGCCAAUCGAAUUGGCAAGUUCAUCGCUUUGGGCCAACGGGCCUCCAUUUCUACACGAAUCAGAAAUAAAUUGGCCCAAACAUAGUAUUAAACUUGAAACUUUACCUGAACGACGGAAAGUGGCGUUACUGUCCUCGUCUUCAGUAGUUGAUGCCUCGCUGAAUUGCAAAUACAUUAAUUCCUUUGCAGCAAUGCAGCGAAUAUAUGGCUAUGUGCAUAUGUUCAUUAAGAUGGACCGCUCAGGUAAUCUCACCACAGCACACAUUCAACACGGAACUUGGUAUUUACUUCGUAUGGUACAACGAGUUCAAUUUUGUUCGGAAUAUAAGGCUCUGAAAAGGAAUUUGCCCAUAAGCUCAUCAAGUAAACUAACAUCUCUGACACCCUUUUUAGAUUCUUUUGGACUCAUUCGAGUUGGAGGUCGUUUAAGAAACUCGUUGCUUCAUUUUCAGUCUCGCCAUCCAAUACUGUUGCCGAAGGGACAUCCACUUACUAACUCUAUAAUAAUGCAUUUUCAUCACCAGAAUCUACAUGCCGGACCUCAAGCAUUAGUGGCAGCAAUACGACAACAAUACUGGCCCGUUGGUGGCAAAAAAGCCGUAAGUCACAUCAUAAACAAAUGCGUGCGAUGUUUUAGACUCAGACCCAAGAUGUGUGAACAAAUCAUGGGCAAUCUACCUGAGGGUCGCGUCCGACCCAGCCGACCAUUUCUCACCACUGGUGUUGACUAUUGCGGGCCUUUUCACUACCGAUCUGAAAUAAGAGGGAGACCACCAACCAAAUGUUAUAUUUGUCUCUUCAUAUGUUUUACUACGAAGGCUGUUCAUAUGGAACUCGCCAAGGAUCUGUCUACUGAGUCGUUUCUAGGCGCCUUGAGGCGAUUUUAUUCUAUUCGCGGCAAACCGAUGGUCAUCUGGUCCGAUAACGCCACAAAUUUUGUUGGGGCGAAAAAUGAGAUGGCUGAAUUACGACAACAUUUCCUUAAGCAACAACACGUUGAAGAAGUUCACCGGCAAUGUCUCAUCGAAGGAAUUGAUUGGAAGUUCAUACCACCAAGGUCUCCACAUUUUGGAGGCCUUUGGGAGUCCUCAAUCAAAAUGGCGAAAUUCUACUUCUGGCGAGUUGUUGGUUCAGCGUUGCUUACUUUUGAUGAACUUAGGACUCUUAUAUGUCAAAUUUCAGCGGUGAUAAACUCUCGACCACUUUGUUCAAUUUCAGAAAAUCCUAACGACUUAGAUGUCCUAACACCAGCGCAUUUUUUGAUAGGUGCUCCACUCACAUCCAUACCAGAACCAAACCUUUCGACACUUAACAUCGGCCGACUUGGACACUGGCAGCGAAUUCAGUUCAUGCAGCAAGUAUUUUGGAAAAGAUGGAGUUCCGAAUACUUAUCACUUCUGCAACAACGCUCCCGUUGGAGAUCGUCAAGAGACAAUAUCGCAGUCGGAACACUUGUCCUCAUCAAGGAUGAAGUAUUGCCACCGCUGAAAUGGCCGCUUGGUAGAAUAACUCAGAUUUUCAAGGGAGAUGAUGGCAUGGUUCGAGUAGCUGAAGUUAAAACUGAAGGUGGCGUUUGUAAAAGAGCCAUUGCCAAAUUGUGCGCUCUUCCCAUCGAUGAUAACGUGGUUGGCAGUAUAAUCUCCCAACGGGGGGAGAAUGUUCAGAGCGCCAUAGCAUAAUUCAGUGGCAUCACCUACUACAUUUUUUAGUUUUGCACACCGCAACCCUA